CCUGUGUUGCUACAGGUGUGCUAUAAAACUGCUGCACAUGGCCGCUGCCUCUUGCUGUUCAUUUUGUCAUUUUAGAGGGGAUCUCACCGGCAGACGGAGAAUGGUCAGGCUCUGAAAUCACCUGGGGAGCCUUUUUGAACAAACGCUUCAAACAGGAAGUGGAGUUUUCCUUUGAUGGGCUUUACUCCACAGCUUCUCCUCAACAAGCACCACCUACUGACCCUAACCUGCAGCGCUGGUAGCAGGUCGUAGCUGGUAGAUAUGACCUCUCACUGUCCACCUGCAGUAGUCAACACUUUGGGAAUCCCUGGCCUGGACAGAAGACGACACAUUGAGAGAAUUUCCUGUGGUGCAGCAGAGCUGGUGGUGACAAGAAAACUGCUGAAAGCUGAAAAAUUGACAACCUCUGUGAGAUUCAGAGAUCCAUGACUGUCAGCCAAUAAACAGACAACCAGAACUUUUCAGCUCAUUAUUGGCGCAGGGAGGCCGAGCAGAAACGUCUCGCGUAACAGCUGGUGGACCUCAGGAUUCCCCUCAGGGUUGCGACAUGUCAGACGCCGACUCCAAGGCCCUUGAGCAGCUCAGUAAAAUCCUGAAUGGCUGCAGUGCCGGCCUGCCCUGCAACAACUCGCAUCUGAUCCUCCACAACUCGAGCGUGGACGGGCUGGAGUUCCUCGAUGACGGAUCCCCCUGUCUGAGAAUAUUCAUGUCAGUGGUGUACUUCAUCGUGGCCACAGCCGGCGUGUUGGGGAACUUGUUAGUGAUGUUCCUGCUCUAUUCUACUCACACCAUCACCACGGGCACCAUCAAUGUCUUUGUGUUCAACCUGGCUUUGGCCCAGCUGCUCUUCUCCCUCGCUUUGCCGUUCUGGGCCAUAGAGUUUAUUCUGGACUACAGCUGGCCGUUCGGCUUGGCCACGUGCAAGGCCGUGUCUUUGCUCACCGGGCUCAACGUCUACGCCAGCUGCUUUUUCCUCACGGCUAUGAGCGUGACCCGUUACUGCUACGUAGCCACCGCUCUCUCACGCAGUAAGUCCCUCUGCAGUAGCUCCUGGACGUCUCCGGUGGUCACAGCCUCUAUCUGGGCGGCGGCGCUGAUAGCAGCGACACCCAGGGCCGUUUUCGCUGACCUGAUGAGUGUGGGCAGAGACAACGAUACAGCGUGCCUGCUCCGGUUCCCGGAUGGCACAGCCUGGCUUGGGAUAAACCAGCUCCUGCGAGUGGUGCUGGGGUUUCUGCUGCCCUACGCCAUCAUCACCGUGUCCUACCUGCUCCUUCUCCACUUCCUCUGUCAGCACAAGCUGAGGUGCACUAACUCUCGGAGAAGGGCCGAUAUCUCAAAGUCCGUAGCCGUGGUGGUCCUUUCGUUCUGCGCCUGCUGGUUCCCGUACAACAUCCUCACAUUCUGGAGCAUCCUGAUCCAACUUGACAUCGUCGAUUACAGCCGCUCGUACUACAUCGCUCAGACGUACUUCUUCCCUCUGGCCAACUGCCUGGCCUUCACCAGCAGCUGCUUCAACCCGGUCAUCUACUGCCUGGUGAGGAAAGAGUACCGCUCGGCUCUCCACAAUGUGCUCUUCAAACUGAGCCUGGCCAUCAUGUCCAAGAUGCCCUACGGCAUCAAUAAUGAGGAGGGGUCAGGGCAGGCCGGGCAGCACGCCAUCCCACUCAAUGACAUGUACAGCCAGACGAGCCAGACUGACACAAGGAGAUAUGCACCUCUGUCGACGCUGCCAACAGAAGUCUCCACCAUCUAACGCCACGCUCGAAUUCUCCACACGUAUACUUUAGUUUCACGUGACGAGGUGUAAUUUUCAGCACAUUUACUUCAGAUCUCCUGUGAACAAGCUGCAUUUGAGGCUUCUGUGGGUCUUGUAUUUGACAGUUUCAGCUGUCUGAAUUGGCUGUGUGACUUGAGUCUAUCACCACAGUGUCCGAAACGUCCCCCGCUACUCCUACUCCUCCUCAUCUUCCUCAUAUUGUUGUAUUAUUAACACGACAUACUGUGCAAUAGUUUGAUAUUGUAUAAAACGGAUGUAAAAAUGUUUAUUUCUAAUCACUGUACGUCUGGAUCGUGGUUGUCUUGUCCAAGUGUGGACACAUUUUUGUCGUUUGUUUGAAUAGGAAUAAAUAAAAAAAGCUGUUCCAACACUU